UAUUGCGCAGGCCCAGUUUACGCCUUGCAUUUCCUGAUUUUGUGGACUGAUUAGAAGAGUAGCUCUGCCUGAUUGCUAUUUUCUAAGCAUCUGGCACACUAUUCGGGCAGUGCCAAGUGGGGUUCAGUCAUGUCAGCACCUGCUAUGGGGACCACGAAGACGGCUCACAGUGAUGUGGCCCCGAAGAAAAAGAGGGGACCGGGUGCCCUGGCUACGGCGUAUCUGGUUAUAUAUAACGUGGUUAUGACAGCUGGCUGGCUGGUCAUUGCUGUGGGCCUGGUGCGGGCCUACCUUGUCAGAGGCAGCUACCACGGCCUGUACUUCUCUAUAGAGAAGCCCCUGAAGUUUUUCCAGACCGGUGCGCUCUUAGAGAUAUUGCACUGUGCAGUGGGGAUCGUUCCAUCCUCUGUGGUUCUAACGGGGUUCCAGGUGUUGUCUCGGGUCUUCCUCACCUGGGCUGUGACACACAGCGUCCGAGAGGUCCAGAGUGAAGACAGUGUCCUGCUCUUCGUAUCGGCCUGGACCAUUACAGAGAUCAUCCGCUACUCCUUCUACACCUUCAGUCUGCUCAACCACCUGCCCUACCUCAUCAAAUGGGCACGGUACACAUUCUUCCUAGUGCUGUAUCCUAUGGGAGUGACAGGUGAGCUGCUGACCAUCUAUGCAGCCCUUCCCUAUGUGCAGAAGACAGGUCUCUACUCUGUCACUCUACCUAACAAGUACAACUUCUCCUUUGACUACUACACCUUCCUCAUCCUCACUAUGGUCUCCUACAUUCCACUGUUUCCCCAGCUCUACUUCCACAUGAUGCGUCAGAGAAAGAAAGUCCUGGCCCACGUGGAAGAGUACAAAACAGAGUAAACACAGCAAACACACGGCAGACUGAUCACAUCAUGCCACGGGGAGGAGUGGAAAAAGACGAGAUAACCUUUAAAAAAAGAAAAAACAUGCCUGACCAAUUAAAUAUGUCUGCUUGUUGAAAUACCAAGAAACUCAACUCUUUUUCAGAUCAAGAAAAUAACAUGGGGAAUGGGGAUGAUCGAUCUAACAAUGGUUCUUGCUAAUCAGUUGGUUCGGUUUUGGGCUGUUGCCUGGCUAUUAAGAUGCUCUUGUCAUUUACAAUAUACCAACUGCUUUUCGUUUUCUUUGUCCGUAAAUGCAGUUACCAUGUUAUCAAAAUGCUACUUACUCAAAAACUGUUUUGUAAAUGUGAUGAUGAUCCAGUUCCGUUGCACUGGCCCCUUUGAGAGGCAGCAGAAUGCUGUGCUGUUGCCUAUGACUCUGGUCAUAAUGUGCUGAAUGCACUGAUACAAUCAAUGCCUUCUUCUCUCAUAGUUCAGUAGAAGACAAACACUAGAACCCCCCCCCCCCCCCCCCCUUCUAUCCCUGGGUGCAUCCCAACUGGAAGCCUAUUCCCUAUAUAGUACUAUUUAGGGAAUAGUGUAAUUUGGGAUGCUACCAUGCUUUGUGCUCUAAUGAAUAGUUGUCCUUUGUUAGGAUGGAUGGAGGGUUCCAUAUUUGUCUGACUCAACGGAGGACUAUGCCUGUUUAAGUAAUUUAUUUCUGCGACUAGAUUUUUCACCUGCAGAACUUCUGAUCACAUUCCAUUUGGUGUAAUAAAGCUUUUCUUUAUUCUGUGCUUUACAUAGUUUUGUUUUCCAAUACUUAUUUUCAAAUACUCAACUAACUGCAGCAAUUCAGUGCUUAUUGUCAUAAGAUAGCUUUUUGCUUUUAUGUUUUGGAUUUUUUGUGUUGACAAUAUUUGUUAAUAAUUUGGACCAUUUGGGUUUCUUUAGAAUCAUAUUAUGUUGAUUGUGGGUUGGGUAUUGAUUUGUAAAUCUUUGUUUGAAGUAGGGGUAGGCCUCCAUGACCUAGAGUGGAUAGUAUGUCGAUAAGCCAACCAGUUUUACAGUUACUUUGCUUUCUUGUGUAUAUUUUCUGAGGGAACUCAUUUAUUUACUCAAGCUUUAAACUUAAGGUGGUUCUCAAAUUGUCAUGGUGUGAUGUUGGACCAAGACACUGGUGGACAUUGCCUGGAAAACAUGUUGAAGGGUUAACCACAAAUGAGCCAAUACUCACACUUUAUUUAUUGACUGUUUGUUCUGAACUACAGUAGGGUGCCAGGACAUGCACUGUCAGACACUGGGCUCCCGAGUGAUGCAGCGGUCUAAGGCACUGCAUCUCAGUGCUAGAGGCGUCACUACUGACACCCUGGUUCGAAUCCAGGCCGUGAUUGACCCUAUGGGACAUAGGGCGGCGCACAAUUGGCCCAGCGUCGUCCAGGUUUGGCCGGUGUAGACCAUCAUUGUAAAUAAGAAUUUCUUCUUAACUGACUUGCCUAGUUAAUUAAAGGUUACAUUUAAAAAAUAAUAAUAUAAAAACAGGACGCUUGCAUGGACACGAGUCCAUUAGAUUAGAGAGCUUGUAGUCCUGCAUUUCCAAUGACUUAAAGAGGCAAUCUGCAGUUGCUACAUUUAUUUUUGACUUAUAAAUUAAAGCUAUAUACAUACAAUAGGUAUCUUGAAGAAUAUAACUUAUAAAUGCCUUAUGAGCUUAGUUCAACUGUUGUACCCCAUCAGAACCCAAAAUAUAAGCUUGUUUUACUCCAAUAUUUGUUAAAAAUAGAAAUAUAAACAAACACUGUAAACUCAAAACAUCAUUUUGAUAUCAUGGAUGAUCAGUCCUUGUAUCCAUAGCCCUGUCUAUGAAUUUGAAAGUUGUUACAUUUCUCCAUUCCUCAGCUUUUUACCAAAACAGUUGUGGGGUGCCUGCUUUGUUAAUGUUUCAACUGCGGGCUGGCUCUUUAAAUCUAAUAAUGUAGAGAGUCAGGCGUUUGCGUGUGUGUGGUUCAGAGUUUUUGUCCACCUCUGACUCAGGAGAAGGUAACUGAGUACAAUGUAAAACCUUAACGGUUAUCAAUGUGGAUGCAAACAGUAACUGCACUGCAUUAACACUGAAAACUCUAAUAAUUUGGUUUUAGUUUUUCCUAAUAAAUUGUUGUAGAACUAAUGUGAAAGACAAACUAGAUUUUGUGGACUUUAGCUUAAUAGAAAGUGUUGAGGUUGUGUUGUGUUUGAGUAGUGAUCACCCUUUUGCUUCCAUGUCUGUGGGACUGCAUCUCACUGCAUGCAGUUUUAGACAUUGAUCAGGAGUUGCCUGACACUGGUAUUGCCCUGAUGCUCUUUGGGAUGUGUAACAGUAUGUUUAUUAUAUCCUGAAUUACGCUGUGAAAGGCCUACACUUUGCAAGGGAUUCUUCCCCGACAUAAUGUUUGUUUUCCUCCCAUUCUUAAAAUGUCCUGCUGUCCUGAUAGUUGAGUUCCUAUGUUUCUGUUCUUUGUUGGCCUAACAUGUAGUCUACACUCUUAUGAAAGAGAUGAGCAGCAAGGUGAACUGAAGAUGCCUUUAGUACAUCAACAACCACCCAACAUCCCAACUAACUUGAUUUAACAUUGCCCUGGGCCUACGGUAUCGGAGGAUGUUUUGUAAGCAUGGCCAGGAUUGUUGGAAACUUCCUCUAGAGGCAGGAGUGCAACUCUGUAAAAUUGCAUGUAGGAGGAAAUAAAUGUCCAUUCAUCAUUCGAAGUGGUGAUACUUUGGUAUAACUUACAGUAUGGAAAAAGCAUGCCACAAUACUACUCUACACACUGGUUCUACUAAACAAAACUACAGUAUGUUGAUCUUUUUGAUAAAAAAAAAUGUUUUGCAUGGGACCAGCAAACUUUGUAUAAGUAUGAUUAGUUAUAUAACUAUAUAUUUACAAUAAACUUAACAUGGAA